AUGAGGCAAACACAUUUUCUUGUGGCAGCUUUGCCACUAAUUUUGAGUACAGGUCUCUCAGUCAACGCGCAAGAUGACGACUGCCCUUCAACAAUCACCAAAACUUUGCCUGAGAGCACUUCUAUAACCAUUGCUCCUACGAGUACUUGGACUGGAGACAUUACCAAACCAAGUAGCACGGGAGUUAAUCCCGGAGGAGAUGGCAAUGGAGGCAACGGCAAUGGCAACGGAAAUGGCAACGGUGAUGGCAAUGGCAAUGGUAACGGUGAUGGCAAUGGUAACGGAAAUGGUGAUGGAAAUGGUACCGGCAACGGAGAUGGCACUGGCAAUAGCAAUGGCAGUGGCAGUGGAAAUGGAAAUGAUACCGGCAAUGGAAAUGGCAGUGGAGGCAAUGUAAAUGGCAAUGGGAAUGAAAAUGGGAAUAGCAAUGGCAAUGGCAACGGAGGUAAUGGCACUGGCAAUGGAAACGGAAACGGCAAAGGAGAUAAUGGAAACGGCCAGGGCAAUGGAGAUGGAUAUGAUACCACCAAUGGAAAUGGCAGUGGGAAUGGAAAUGGCGCCGGCAAUGGAGUCGGCAACGGAGACAACGGAGAUGGUACCGGCAAUGGAAAUAAAAACGGAGAUGGAGAUGGCAACAGAGACAAUGGCAAUGGCAAUGGAGAGAGUGGCAAUGACACCAACAACGGAAAUGGUCCUGGUGGCGACUCCAACUCUGCUUCAGGAUCCGGGUCUGCUUCAGGAUCUGGCAGAGGGGGCAAAACCCGCAAAGGAAACGGAGGAGACAACGUAUCUGGCAGUGGUUCAGGCUCCAAGGACUCUGGAUCUGCUUCAGGGUCUAACAGGGGCGGCAACAACAAUGGAAACGGGGAAGGCAACUCUGGCAGUGGUUCGGGUUCGGACGGCUCUGGGUCCGGUUCCGCUUCCAACGACUCUGGAUCAAGUUCAGGAUCUGGCAUGGGAGGCUGUAACAAUGGAAACGGAGAAGACAACCUAUCCGGUAAUGGUUCAGACUCUAGCAACUCUGGCGAUGGUUCAGGAUCUGGUGAUGGAGUUGGCGGUGAAAACGGCUACGGAGGCAAUGGAUCCGGGGACGACAAUGGCGCAGGCAUUGGAGAUGGCGAAGGGACCAAUGAAGACGGAAGCAGCUCUGGGACUGGUUCUGGAUAUGGUUCUGGAAAAGGUCCUGGAAGAGGUUAUUCUGGUGGUCAUUCUGGCCAUCAUGGACACGGUUCAGGAAAUGCCACUACGUCUAGUCGUCUGCCAGUCACAGCCGAUGCGUCGUCGAGAAAGUCUACAGCCAUCGUUCUUUCAUACUUGGCGGCAGUUGCCGGCCUUUGUCUAUUCUUUUAA